AUGUCUAUUAUUAGAGAAAAUUUAAUUGUUGCUGCAAUUAAUAAAGCAUAUGCACUAACAGAUUAUAAUAUUUACAAUGAUUUACACGAAGUAAAUAAAUUUCAAAAACAAGUAAUUCUUGCCGAUGAAUCACUUACACAAGAUGAAAAAUCUGAAGCAAUAAGAAAAUUGACUAAAACUUACGACAGGAAUAAAAUUAUUUUUAAUGAAGGAACAAGAAGAGUUUGUGAAAAUUGUAACCAAAAAUGUUUAGCUACAUUAUAUUGCGAAUUUUGUGUUCGAAAUUAUCUAAAAGCAAAAUUUUCAAAUUGGUCAUCUGGAAAUGAAGAUAUUGAUAAUUUAAUACAAGAAUGUCAAAUGGAAACAACUGACCCAGAUAGUAUAAUUGAAUGGAUUCCAUAUAGUAAUUUAAUAAAUAUUAAUUAUUUAGCAAAAGGUGGAUACUCUGAAAUCUAUACAGCAGAGUGGAUUCAUGGAAAAUAUGAUGAAUGGGAUUCUAAAGAACAACAAUUAAAAAGACUUGGGGAACAAGUUGUGAUACUUAAAAGAUUAGAAAAUUUUGAAAGUGCAAAUAAACGUUGGUUUGAAGAGGCUAUUUCACAUUUAAAUAUAAGUAAUAAAUGGUCAGAUGUGAUUGUUCAAUGUUAUGGUUUGACGCAAGAUCCAUUAAAUGGAGAUUAUAUGCUUGUAAUGAAUAAAUUGGAUAUAGAUUUAAGAAAAUAUUUACAACAAAAUCAUACUAAACUUACGUGGCAAGAAAGAAUUCAAAUUGCUGUUGAUAUAAUUGAUGCACUUUUACGAAUUCAUGGUGAAAAUGCAAUUCAUAGAGAUUUGCAUUCUGGAAAUAUAUUAUUUAAAACUAAAUUUAGUAUUAGUGAUCUUGGAUUUUGUGGACCUGCAGAUAGACCAUCAAAAAGUAUAUAUGGAAAUCUACCUUAUAUUGCACCAGAAGUUAUUGCAGGAAAAGAAACUACUUUUAAAUCUGAUAUUUAUAGUAUUGCAAUGCUUAUGUGGGAUAUUUCAUCUGGUCAACCACCAUUUUUUUUUUAUUAA